AUGGGUGAAUUAGUGCUGUACAAUAUUACAGAUGGCGGUGAAACGUACACUGCUUGUUGUAUCGUGCAUGGCAAAGUCUCCAAACCAGGUACUUCAGUUGUGGAAGUACACAGCAUGCAAAUGCCUAGUUUGAAAUUUCCCGUCAACGAUUCUGUGUUCAAGUGUGUCAUUAUGCUAAGUCCGGGCGAAAAUCGGCUGACGUUUAUCACAGAUCAGAAUGAGCGCAAGACUAUCACAUACCAUUACGUGCCGCUUAUACAAAACGAACCGAUCCAUUUGUGCCUUCUUGUCGCGCGCGAUUCGCCUCUGGUUUUUGACUCUCCUCGCUCGCAACAGGAAAAAGAGGGAGGCCACGACCUGGAGCUGGCUUGUCGAAAGCUCAGGCUUGGCGGAAGACUCAUGCAGGCAUUCACCAACGAACAAAUGCUGCGUAACGGAUUUGGGCAAAGAACUUUCCAGUUUGUAGAGGAACGCGCCCUAGAUAGCACAUUCAAGGAGCCUGAAAUGCGCAAUAGGGUCAAGAUUCACAUCCUGCGCUCUGAGAAAUCAGUUCAGGAACUGCGAGACCCCAACUUGGCUCAACAGAAUCCAAAAGCAACAGAUGCUGGUGGCCUCUAUGGUAUAGCGAUGGAUGCUUUACGCAAAUAUGGGGGUCCUUUCGACUCGACCGUUGAACACCCUGUCCAAGCCGCUGUCAUGUUUCUCGAUACACACUGGGACCCGAAACUAAAUUUGAUCACUGCUCAUGCUGCUUUGGGUGGAGGCGACGAUCGCAUAAAACUAGCCAUUUUCGGAUCCCACGGCCUGUAUUCCUGGCCUGCCUUUAUCGACGAUGUGAUUCCUUAUUUUAUGGAUGAAACGCGCUGCUCCCAAUCGGAAGUUGCGAAUGACGCUAACGAGUGUGGAACUCAUUGGGAAUGUUUUACACUUACUUUAGGUGCGUUCAUGCAUGAAAUUGGUCAUUUGCUCGGUUCACCUCAUCAAGAAAGUGGCGUAAUGCUUCGGGAUUACGUUCGAUUAAAUCGGUCAUUUCUAACAAAGGAAGCGUUUUCCACAAGGACUAAUUCUUAUGGAGCCAAGCCUCCUGUUUACCCCAGAGAAGAAUGCACCUGGCAUAGAUUGGAUCUUCUCAAGUUUUUGUACCAUCCUUCUUUUACAGUUCCUCAAGAUUAUUACGAUUGCUCCAUGAUGAAGCCUUCUCGCAUAGGUGGUUACACGGUUGCGUCACCUUCCGUAUAUGUGCUUCCAAAUAAUUGUUGUGCUCUCAAAUCCGAGACUGGAAUUUAUUGCAUCCAAAUUAUUUGCGGAGACCUGGCUCGUGCACACAUUGAGUAUCUGCCUCUUUCUCUUGGCGGUAAUGGGCCUCAAAAGGAAGUGAUGCUAUCCUUGGACGACUUAAGAUCUCGUAUACCGCCAGAGCAAGUCGAGCAAUACCGAAACUCCUUCAAGGUAAAAGUUGCGGCUGUCAACUCACCAGAAGCAGAAUGGGAAAAAUUUCCUGAAUUCUUACAGGCGUCCCAUGUUGCAAUGGCCCAAUAUGGGUUCCCUAAUAAUGUCAUUGGCAUGAGGUCAAUUAUGUAUGGAGGCGCUGACAGAGGCCAAGAUGUUGGCAUUAUUCCGUUUGACGGACAAAACGUCAGCGGUGUGAGAGUCUACCAUGGGGGGGCAUUGGAUGGUGUGAGAAUAUUUCUGAGCAAAAAAAAGAGGGAAAGCACGGAACCUCCCAUUCCACCCAGAUCUUACAUGGAUAAAUUCACGAGCGCUCUAAAAUCUGUAAGUAUCGAAGAUACUAACGGCCCCAGUGUACUUUUUGGUAAUCAAACAAACUCGUAUUCAGAUGUCUCUUUAGAUUCUGACGAGCACUUAGUCGGCUUCAACAUUAGAUCCGGCUGUUGGGUUGAUGGCAUUUCGAUUAUUACAAGUAAAGGUCGCGUCAGUAACUACUUCGGAAACUCAAAUGGUGGAAGCCAGCACCAAGCUGUUGCUCCUAGUGGUCAGCAUAUUUUAGGCAUUUAUGGCAGGGUAGGCCAAUGGGUAGACGCCAUUGGUAUUAUUUACGGAUCGAGCUGA